AUGGCGUCAUCGAAGGUGAUGGCAUCAUCAUCGCCGGCGAAUCAGGAUCUGCAACGUCAUCAGCCAUAUGCACAUACCGUCGAUCACAAUACCAAUUUGAUUUCCAUGAAUAUGGAUGAUCUUCUCAAGAAUAUUUACGAGGAUUCGCGUCAGACGCCGGAGGAUUUACCCGCCGAUGGCGGUGGAAGGACGGUGGAUGAGGAUUGGAAGGAUAUGGUGGAUGGAAGUAGUGGUGAUCCCGAGAUGACGCUAGAGGAUUUUCUGACGAAGGCUAGAGCUGUUAGGGAGGAGGAUGUAGCGAAAUUGCCGCCAGUCUCGGAAUAUUCUGGAGUUACCGAUCCGAUUGCUUCAUUUCAAGCGGUGCCUCAGCAGCACAUGCAAUUUGGGAGCAGCGGCGGUGGGAGGGGUAAGAGGAAGGUGAUGGUGGAAGAUCCGCCGGUGGACAAGGCAACGCAGCAGAAACAGAGGAGGAUGAUCAAGAACAGAGAAUCCGCUGCAAGGUCUAGGGAGCGAAAGCAGGCUUACACAGUCGAAUUAGAGUCUCUGGUAACUCAAUUGGAAGAAGAGCAUGCGAGAUUGUUGAAGGAAGUGGAUGAACUGAACAAGGAGCGGUUUAAGCAGCUAAUGGAGAAGGUGAUGGCAGUUGAUGAGAAGAGAAAACCAGCAGCUGCAAUUAGAAGAAGUAAUUCCAUGUGAAUAAGAUUUAAAAAGCAAGGAAAAUGUAAAGAGAUAUGUAGGUGAAAGAAGCCACCAGUUGUUGUGUGUCUGCUUAAUUAAUUUCUUAGUUUAAAAACCCUCACCUCACCUCACUUAAUCCCUAUUAUAUCAUAUGUAGUAUUAACUACUUACUAAUAUUCAUUAGUAAUUUCUUUCUGUAAGGGACUGAAUUAGAUACUUCCAAAUCAAUAUGAAAAUAAUUCUACUAUGUGAAA